AGUCAAGGAAAAGAAUUUGUCCUAAAUAGAGAAAAAAUAAAGUAUUUGUAAUAGCACUAUACCUUGAUUACCUUCCAUCCGUAGAUUCCUUUCCAGCAUCAUCGGAUUAUUCUCUCUCUUCUAACACUCCCACUGUAGUUCGAUAUUAUUCUAUCCAAAUUCGAAAGCUUUUUUCUCACACAUCGUAUAACAUCUUUACAACCAUGAAAACCACUGCAAUCACUAUAAAUCCCUCACUCUCUCCACCCUUUUGUUCCAAAGCCACUACCCCUCCUUCUUGUUCUUCAUCAUCUUCUUCGUUCCCUCCUAGUUUCCCACGUUUUCACUUGUCGGGAGCAAAACCCAUUUCUCUUUCUUGCAGAGGAACACGAUUGUGCUUCUUGAAAGGGUCUAAAACUCUUUGGGGUAGAAAAAGUUUUGUGCUUGGGGCUGGAAACAUGACCAUGGCAGAGGUUGAUUCUCAUGAAGAGGGGGAGAACGAGGGUGCUUUGGUUGGCUCUGAGAAUGAGAACAAUUCAAGGCCUCGGAGAAUUGCUCUCUUUGUCGAGCCUUCUCCCUUUGCAUAUGUCUCAGGCUACAAAAACCGGUUUCAGAACUUUAUUAGAUGCCUACGUGAAAUGGGUGAUGAGGUGAUGGUCGUGACAACACAUGAAGGAGUGCCACAGGAAUUUUAUGGAGCCAAAUUAAUUGGAUCUUGGAGCUUUCCCUGCCCUUUGUAUCAGAAGGUACCCCUCUCCUUGGCACUUAGUCCAAGAAUAAUUUCGGAGGUAGCCCGGUUUAAGCCUGACAUAAUACAUGCAUCAUCGCCAGGCAUAAUGGUUUUUGGAGCUCUUAUCAUUGCAAAACUUUUGUGUGUUCCUAUUGUCAUGUCCUAUCAUACCCAUGUACCAGUGUACAUUCCAAGAUAUACCUUUAGCUGGCUGGUGAAACCAAUGUGGUUGAUCAUAAAAUUUCUUCACAGAGCAGCUGAUCUGACUCUGGUGCCAUCUGCUGCCAUUGCGGGGGAUCUCCUAGCAGCUAGAGUCACAGCAGCUAACAAGAUUCGUCUUUGGAACAAGGGUGUUGAUUCUGAAAAAUUCCAUCCCAAAUACCGCUCCCAUGAAAUGCGAUUAAGACUAAGGUGUGGACCUUUUCUCAUUUUGUCAUAUAAUCAAGUUUUGGCAAUAAUGUCAUUUCAUCAUGUUCUUAAACAUUUGUCAUACAGCAAUGAUGAACCUGACAAACCCUUGAUAAUUCAUGUUGGACGGCUUGGAGUAGAGAAGAGUUUAGAUUUUCUGAAAAGGCUCAUGGAUAGGCUUCCUGAUGCCCGAAUUGCUUUCGUUGGUGAUGGACCAUACAGGGAAGAACUAGAGAAAAUGUUUGAAGGUAUGCCAGCAGUAUUCACUGGAAUGUUAGGAGGAGAAGAACUGUCCCAAGCAUAUGCCAGUGGAGAUGUAUUUGUCAUGCCUUCAGAGUCAGAGACGCUUGGUUUUGUAGUUUUGGAGGCGAUGUCUUCAGGGAUACCUGUGGUGGCGGCACGUGCUGGAGGUAUUCCUGAUAUAAUCCCUGCAGAUCAAGAUGGUAAAACUAGCUAUCUGUAUGAUCCACGAGAUCUUGAAGACUGCUUGAGCAAACUAAGGCCCCUUUUGCACAACAAAGAGUUGAGAGAAACCAUGGGUAAAGCUGCACGUGAAGAGAUGGAAAAGUAUGAUUGGAAGGCAGCCACGCGAAAGAUUCGCAACGAACAAUACAACGCUGCCAUUUGGUUCUGGCGCAAGAAAAGAGCCCAACUAUUGAGACCCUUCCAACGGCUGGCAAAACGUUUUUUCCCAUCCCCACAAGUCAACUACAGGUGAUGCAACUUCACCUACCAAGCUUAGGCUGGUCCCUUGCUAGCUUUCUUUGGCUUCAUAGAAGACUUGUAUUGGAUAAAUGUGUGGUUGAUAGUGUAAUGGAUUCAUUCUUUUUGAAUGUAAAGGAACAUACAAUAUGGUGGCUUGCACCGUAUUUUGUGCUUUUAUAAAGGGAAUCAGUGCCACAGGUUUAAUCCUUCAUGUCUCUA